GUCCGCUCCUCCAGAGCCAUUCUCUCACUCACUGAGUAUCCAGCAUCACUCUCCCACAGGCUGGUAGAGAAGUAUCCUUCAAGAAGACUUAAAGCAAAUCAAUGAGCAGAAUGGAAACCUAUCCGGCAUCCAUAUCCCUUGGCGAAGAGUCUGCACAAAUGUGGCGCCUCAAUAAACGCCUUGAGGCUUUCCUCUCUCGGGUCAAAGCACUAGAAGAAGAGAAUGAGCUCCUCAGAACAGAGAUCCUUCACCUCAAAAGCACCAAGUCCAAUAGGUCUAUCAUAAGGGAGUACCAUGAUGAAAUAAUGAAGCUAAGGGACACCUUAGAUGAUGGACACCAGGAGAUGGUCCAGGUGGAAACCGAUAGAGACUGCAUCUAUCAGGAGAUAGAAUAUGUGAAAGAACUGUGCCUCCAGGAGAAGCAAACCCAAGAAGAUGUGAAGAAAGAAUUGUCCGAGAGCAAAAAAUUGCUGGAAGAAGAGAAAAGAGCCCAGAUAUGGUUGAAGGAAAGACUUAUACAUCUGGAGGAAGAGAUGGAGGACAUCCUCAAGGUUCAUGAAGAGGAGAAGGCUCAGAUGGAAGAAGAGAUUUCCAGUUACUCCCAAAGACUGGAGAACCUCAAAAUUGCUCCCACAAACUUUAAACCAGUCAAUGUGGAAGACUAUGCAAAUCAGCUGUCACAGAUAUGGCAGGGAGCUGUGGAGGAGUACAAGAUUGAAGUGUCAGCUCUGGAGGCAAAUUUGUCCCAGGCCAAAGAUAACUUGCAGAAGGUGUUGGACGAGAACAAACAGAGUCAAAUUCAAUUGCAGAAUCUAGAAAGAGACCUGCAGAGUCUUAAGAGCAGGAAGGAGAUGCUGGAGGAACUUCUGGGCAAGCAGUGGCUGGAACAACAAGAUGAAGAAGGUGGACUACAGCUUGAAAUCGAAACCUUGGAAAAGGAGAAGAAAGACCUAAGAGUCCAGAUCGCCCAAGUGCUGGAAGACAGGCAGCAGCUGAUGCACCUCAAAAUGUCUCUCAGCUUAGAGGUGGCAACUUACAGAUCCCUUCUAGAGACUGAAAGUACAAGGUUAUAUACUCCGAGUGCAGAUUACAAAGUCGCUUCAUCCUUCAGUGAUUCAUUGCUGGAACAGAAGUCCUUUAGGAAAAGCCGGAAUGAAAAUACUAAACCACUGGUUUCCAGGGACAACAGGUUAAACAAAAGGCAGAGUGCAGAGACCAGUACAGACCGCUACAUAAAUGUGAAAAGUACUUUAUUUUCAAAUAAGGCAAGUCCUGUAACCAAAGAGUUUCAGAAAGUAAGCUCUGUGCUUCAAUCUCAAGGUCUUAAGUAUACCAAAGCAUCUUCUGCUAAAGCAGCUGCAACACUGCCUCCAGCUGAAAGCAGCUUAGGAAGAGAUAUUCAAAAUAGAGAUGUUUUCAAGAAAAGUAAAGUGGAGACCAUCUCCCAUUUUCGAGAUUUUUCCAAACCUGUCACUAAGGAGACUGUGAGAAAGGAUGCAGAUAUUCAAUCAGUUUUAAAUGGAAAAGCUUACAACACAACUGACGCUAAAUUAAAGAAGAGAGACCUUAUGAGUGAUACAAAGGAUGAAUCUCUAACACCAACUGCAAACGAAACUGUAAGUGCUCAGGUGGAGUCUUCUUUGAGAUCUGAAGCAAAGCAUAUUGAAAUCAUCUCUGAUUUUGGGUUAGAGGAGAAAGACAAAGAAACACUCGUCUUUGAGAAACCCAACAAAGAAAAGAUUGACUUUGAGGUUCCAGUAGAUAAUGGUGACCAUCCCAGUGAAGACUUUGGAAAUAUCGAUGAAGAACACAUAAUUGGAAAACAAGAAGUUGUUAGGCAAAUUGUGAGUUGCCAGAGAGUGUAUAUAGAAAAAGAGGAGUUAGUGGAACCAUUGGAAUAUGAAAAUAUAGAGACAUCAGUUAAAGUGAAUAAUGAGGAAUUUAGAAAAGUUCUGGAUUUUUCAAAACCAAAUACGCAAGACUUGGAUGAACCACAUGUUCUUUCUUCAGAUAGAGUAUCUGACCAGGGAAUUGAAUAUGCCCUCAGCCAAGAGCUUGAUUUUGACACUCAAGGCUCAUUAAAUAAUGCAGAUGUUGAAAAUGCAAGUCAAGACAAAGAGGACAUACAUCAGGAGGUUGAUGAAGAAAAGGAAAACUCCCAACUUAAUAAGGGUCUCGAGUUAAGCCAUACAGAAGAAACUUCUAAUUAUGUUGAAGCAAAAGUUGAUCUUCAAGUUGAAGUCAUGUCUGUGGAUCAGAAGUUCCCUGUGCUAAGUUCUUCAAUGGAAGAUGUUAACCAGUUAAUUGAUGAUGGACAAAACUUCACAAAGGAUAUUCAGGAUAUAAAGACAACUGAAAAGGAAGACUAUAAUGAGAAUCCUGAAAAAGAUACAGAAGUUCUUCAAGAUACAAAUAUCCAAGUGUACAAUGACAAUGAGCUUGACCAACAAGCUUCCAGACAAGAAGACAAUGUUUUUAAAGCUGACCAAUGUAUUGACAGCAAAGAGGAACAUACACAGUUUGAACAGGAAAGGCAAGAGGUCCAUGAUAGAUCCGAGUCAAUGGACCACCUUUCUGAUGAAGAAGUCUUUAAGACUGGAAGCAAAAAAGAGGAAGAGGAGAGUUGUGAAUGUAAGGAAAAUAUAAUCAAUGCAGAACAAAAUGUCCAGGACUUUAUUGAUACUGAGCAGUCCAGUAUACUUGUUGUCAAAGAAGUUUAUCAGUACAGCAGUCAGGUUCGCAAUGACCUCCAAGACCUACAAAACCCAAACCUAGAAGAAAAGAACAAUUUUCAAUUAAAUGAUCGAGAACAAAAUACUCAGAGUUAUGAAGACCAGCAAAAAGACUUUGCAAAAGCUCCAGAGGAAACUGCUCAAGUGUUUAGUGAUAGUAACCAAGAAGAAUCAAAGGACCAGGAGAAUAAAAAUGUUUUUGAUCAAAGGGAUAAUGUUCAAGUGGAAGUUAGUCAGUUAUCUGAAGAUGUGUCUGACAGUCAACAACCUGACCUAGAGGAGCUCAUAAGUGUGGAUUUCAGUGGCACAGAACAAGAGAGUCAAGGAACUGGUGGAUACUUUGUUGAACACAAUCAAGUUGUCCAAACCUCAGACAAUAAAGAGGGCGACAGCUUGCAAGGAAUUAAUUCAGACUCAAAACAGGAAGAAUUGCAUGAUAUUAUGCAGGAGGAGAUGGUAAUUUCUGUUGAAAAACACGAAGACCUCCAAAAAUUUGAAACAGAAAAGGAGCAAAGUGAUAUAAAUCUACACAGUGUACAUUAUCAAGUUGUUUCCAUAGAAGAAGAAAACAGAGAAAACAAGGACAAAGAGGAGGAUAAGCAGCUAUUCCAAGAGUCUGAUGUUCAGCUGAAUAUUGCUAAAGAAGAAGGAUCCUUGUUACAACAAGAUACUGAACCAAUUGUUGAAAGACGAUCCGAGGUUUCCACAGACAUGGAACAAGAUAAUGCUAAGCUACAUGAUCACCAAGAUUCAGAAGUUGAUAAAGAGCAACCUUCUGAUAGGGAGACCAGUUUUCAACAAGAAAGUGAAGAUUUAAUUCAGUCAGAUGAAGGUCAUAAAGAAAGUUCCAAGGUUGCUUUGACAGCAGAAGAAUAUAGUGUAUCAAAGGAGGUUGACACUCAAUCGAUAGAAAAAGAUUAUGACAUUAUGGAAGAAGCUCAAGCUAAUUCCACAAUGGAAACUGAUAGAAAUGUGAAACUAAAUAAAGUAGUAGAAAGUGAGCCAGAAGAAAAAAGUAGCUUUCAACAGGAAGUAGAAAAAAAAGAAGAGGAAGAACAAGCAAGUAAUCAUCAAGAAGUAGAAGAAAGACAAGAGGGUUAUAACCAAGAUGUAGAGACAGGACAAGAACUAGAAGAAGGAACAGAUAUUUAUCACCAAGAAUUAGCAGAUGGAAAAGGGGAUUAUCACCAAGAAGUAGAAAUAACACAAAAAGUAGAAGAAAGACAAGACGAUCAUCACCAGGAUUCAGAAGAAGGAAAAGAAUGCUAUCACCAAGAAGUAGAAGAAGGACAAGAGGGUUAUCACCAAGAAGUACAAGAUGAUGUGGAGCAGAACGUUGGAGUUUCAUUGAAGAUCUUCCCAAACUUUCUUCGAUUCACAAGUGCACAGACUCAAUCUGAACAAGAGCAGAGUACCAAGUUUUCUGAUGAAGGCACAGAGACACAUGGAGAUGAGAUUCAUGUUCAUAGGGAAGAACAGACUAAAAAUGACUUAAUUUUGGAAGACAAAAUAAAGGAGCAAGAAGUUUGUGAAAAUGAAAUAAUCCAUCAACAGUCAACAUUUCCUUUGGAACAUGAACGUGAUAAUAUCCUCUCAGAAAAUAGUGAAUCACAAGUGGUCUUAUCUGAGAAUCUGACUGAAAAGAAUGAUUUUGAUGUACCCACUGACAAGAACCUAACAGAGUUUAAUGAAAUGGAAGAAGGAGACAAUAUGGAUAAAGACAAUUCUAAAUCUGAGGACCCUAUGGAUUCUCAAGAGGGUUAUCACCAAGAAACAGAAGAAACACAAGAAGGGUUUCACCAAGAAGUAAAAGUAGGAGAAGAGGGUUAUCACCAAGAAGAUGAUGACCAACUGGAUAUUGCGGAAAAUAUUGCAUCUGAGGAGGACCAUAGCAGGAACCAAUCAAUCCAAAAGGAUUCUGACGUGGAACAGAAUGUGGGAGUUUCAUUGAAGAUCUUCCCAAACAUUCUUCGGUUCACAAGUGAACAUGAUACAGAGACUCAACCUGAACAAGGGCAAAGUAGCACCUUUUCUGAUGAAGGCACAGAAACAUAUGGGGAUGAGAUUCAUGUUCAUGGAGAAGAUCAGACUAAAGAUGACUUAAUUUUGGAAGACAAAAUAAAGGAGCAAGAAGUUUCUGAAAAUGAAAUAAUCCAUCCACAGUCAACAUUUCAUUUGGAACAUGAGCGUGAUAAUAUUCUCUCAGAAAAUAGUGAAUCACAAGUAGUCUUAUCCGAGAAUCUGACUGAAAAGAAUGAUUUUGAUGUACCCACUGACAAGAACCUAACAGAGUUUAAUGAAAUGGAAGAAGGCGACAAUAUUGAUAAAGACAAUUCUAAAUCUGAGGACCCUAUGGAUUCUCAAGAGGGUUAUCACCAAGAAACAGAAGAAACACAAGAAGGGUUUCACCAAGAAGUAAAAGUAGGAGAAGAGGGUUAUCACCAAGAAGAUGAUAACCAACUGGGUAUUGCGGAAAAUAUUGCAUCUGAGGAGGACCAUAGCAGGAACCAAUCAAUCCAAAAUGAUUCUGACGUGGAACAGAAUGUGGGAGUUUCAUUGAAGAUCUUCCCAAACACUCUUCGAUUCACAAGUGAACAUGAUGCAGAGACUCAACCUGAACAAGGGCAAAGUAGCACCUUUUCUGAUGAAGGAACAGAAACAUAUGGGGAUGAGAUUCAUGUUCAUGGAGAAGAUCAGACUAAAGAUGACUUAAUUUUGGAAGAAAAGAAGCAAGAAGUUCUUGAAAAUGAAAUAAUCCAUCAGCAGUCAACAUUUCCAUUAGAAAACGAGCAAGAAAACAUCCUCUUAGAAAAUAGUAAUUCACAAGUGGUCUUAUCUGAGAAUCUGACAGAAAAACAUGAUUUUGAUGCACCCACUGACAAGAACCUAACAGAGUUUAACGAAAUGGACGAAGCUGACAAUAUGGAUAAAGACAAUUCUAAAUCUGAGGACCCUAUGGAUUCUCAAGAGGGUUAUUACCAAAAAACAGAAGAAACACAAGAGGGGCAUCACCAAGAAGUAGAAGUAGGAGAAGAGGGUGAUCACCAAGAGGAAGACCAACUGGGUGUUGAGGCCAUUUCCACAUUAAAUGAAAAUAUAUCAUCUGAGGUGGAUCAUAGAAGAAACCAAUCAAUCCAAAACGAUUCUGAUGUGGAACAGAACGUGCGAGUUUCACUGAAGAUCUUCCCAAACAUUCUUCAAUUCACAAGUGAAAAUGAUGCAGAGGCUCAAACUGAACAACAAGAACAGAAAAGUGAGCUUUCUUACAAAGGAACAGAAACAAUUGAAGGUGAGAUUCAUCAAGAAAAAUUUGAAAAUAUUGAACAGAAUGACAUAGUUUUGGAAGCAAGUGAGCAAGAAAUUUCAGAAAAUGAAAUAAUCCAGCCACAGUCAACAUUUUCAUUAGAACUUGAGUGUGAAAACCUCCUCUUAGAAAAUAGUAAAACUCAUGUGGUUUUAGCAGAGAAUACAAUUGAAAAAUAUGAUUCUGAUAGAUCAAUUGAAGAGCACCUAACAGAGUUAGAUGAAACAGAAGCAACUGAUAAUGUCGAUAAUAAUUCUAAAUCGGAGGACUCUAUGGAUUCUCAAGAUAUUUCAAAUUAUUCAAAGAGUGAAGAAUUUGAAAUUAGUAAGGAUUAUCAGUUAGAACAAACUCUUCCAGAUACAACUCCAUUACCCACCUUUGAUGAUGAAUUUGAGGAAUUGACAGAAGAUAAAAUAAUAUCAGCAUCAAAACAAGCAGCAGAGGUUACCAAAUUAGAAGGUUCUGCAAAUGGCAGUGAAGCUGAGGAGGUGUUAGACAGCAGUUUGGAGUCACAAUCAUCACAGGUCCUCCCAGAAGUAAUUGAACAGUCAAACUUAAUCACAGAUGAUCAUGAAGACUAUAAUGAGCAACAGGAUGAAAACACUAAAUAUCUACUUGAGAGUGAGCAUCCACAGCAUUUUUUAGAGCCUAGGCUGAACACAGAAGAUUCUUCUGGAACAUCUGAGGAACCAGCUCCCAAACUAAUUAACAGUGAGAUAGAUGCUGAAAACUCUAAGCCUGAAGAAUCCACAGCUUCUCAGGAAGAAAUUGCAAUUUUUUUACCAAAAGAUGAUGAAUUAGGUGCAAGCAAAGAUUCCCAGUUGGAGAAAACCCAAUUUGAGACAUCACCACAGGAGAACCAAGUACAGUUAUCUUCAGAACAGCUGGUCAGUGAAAGUGUAAAUGAAAACCAUAAUGAUAAACUCAAAGAAAGCUGGCCAACUCUAGGUGAAGAUACAAAUGAAGAGAAUGUAUUAACCCAAACCAUUGAUGCUGCUCCUUCAUCGGAAGAUACAAAAUUAGUUCCUUCUCUAAGUCAUAAAAAUGCAACUGAAAAUAAGAUUAUAAUAAAAGAACAUUCUGACUUAGUAACACAAUAUUUCGGAGUGGAUCAAAGAGAAAGUGUUGAAACGGAAGACCACGAAAGAGGCUUUUGUGAAGAAGACCAAAAAUGUGUUGUAGAUCUUACAGAUAAUGGUGAAAAAGAGCCUUCAUCUAAGUCAUUGGAUGAAUUCAGUGGAGACAAUGUCAUCAGUUCAAAUGUGUCUGAAAUCCCUAAUGAAGAAUCUGAAGUAAACGAAGGAAUAACAGUGGAUACUAAUAAAGAUGACAUCAAGGUUGAUGUAAGACCAUUGGAGGAAACCUCAGAAAAUGAUGACUCAGUAACGUCAGAAGAGAGCUCUCCAAAUGUGUCAACUAUCAACUAUGCUUCUGAGCAGGAAGACAGUAAAACACAAUGUUCUAAGAAAAACGACGUUGAGGGUGACUCUGAUUCUGAGAGUCCAAAAGAGCUGAAACAAAAUGUUCCAUUAUUGACACCAGAACCAGUUGUGGAAACUAGUCUUGUGGAAAAGAUAGAGCCUGAAACAUCAUCAGAUGAAGAGAAAAACCUAUUAGUUGAAAGAAGUGAUUCUUCAUUUGCUUCCAUGAAAGAACAUGAAGAUACUACUCAAUUUCUGACAGAAUAUAGCGAGGAUGGAAAAACAGUAAAUGGAAUAUUCAGGCGUACCAUCAUUCAGGCAACUCUUGAUUUAGAUGACCAUAUGUUCAAUGGACAUUCUACCAAAGAGAACAGUGAAAUCAUAAUUUCUGAAGCAAAGAUGAUGAGGUUAGACGGUGAUAUAGUAAAUUCACAAUCCCAGGUUAAAAUAGAAGAUUCUGUAAUUGAAUUAACAAAGUCAGAAGGAAAGAGUGAGGGUCUUUUCCAGUCUUUACUUGAAACAUCUGAGCAUAAGGAAAGUCAUUUCGAUGAAGCCUUCGAAGCUAAAAAUAUUAUGCAAUCAGCAGUCAAGUUCGUUGACUCUGCCUCUGAACAAAGUAAUUAUACCAAGAAACUAAUAAAUCCAUAUUUUACUGAGAGAGAUUUACAUGAGUCAUCUGAAAUAGCGUCUUCCGUGAUCGAUGAAGAUCUUGUGAACACAAAACAGGAAGUUAUUGAGACAAACCAAGGUUUAAAAAUUAAUCAAAAAGACCAAGAUGCAUGGUCAUCAGAUGAGUAAUUCGACUAAUUGUUCCUGAUUAUAAGGCAACAAAAACUUUAUUUAUAUCACAGUGGGCACUUUUGUUGAGAAAUGAAGGCGAAAGGUCCAAUUCUUUCAAAUGUGUCCUAAAUUCCAUGAGAGAAGAACUGGAACAUUUUAGGGGUCCACUUUACUGUUGUAACUGGAUCAAAAUUGAAGAGUCACCACAAGAUAACAUUUAGUAGAUACCACCAAAUGAUGCCAAAAUCCAUUCUGUAUGACUCUUCUGACAUUGAGUUUAAUUUUUUUUCCAUCUAUUUUUAUUACAUUCUGCACCAUAAGUUGUCUACGUUAUGUAUGGGCAUAUGAUCUGCUUAUCAUUAUCUUUCAGUGCUUUAGCAUAUUUUCGUUUAUUUUAAUGCGCAACAUAUCAUGAUUCCCUAUUUUGCUUUGUAAGGUCAAAUGUUAUGUCAGGUAGAUCAAUACAGUUAUGUUCUACAGAACAUUGCAUGCGUUUUUCAUGUCGUAUUCAUGCAUAUAUAAAGUGAAGGAAGCCAUUUUGAAAUCCAUAAAAAUGCAAUAAAUCUAAAUAUUAGUGGGUACCACUAAAAGCAAGAAAUUUGGUGAAAUUAGUGAUCACUAAGGACCACUAGCAAUCAAAGGGGCUGCCUCCACUGUAUCUCUUUCUGUAACAUGCACUCUUUAGUUAUGAUGUAGAUGUAUGCGUUAGUGUCUACAGAACGCAGUAACUUAAAGGGGUUCACCAUUUUGGACAGAAGGAUUCUACAAAA